AUGGAGGUGACGAUGCUGCAGGACUGGUGCAGGUGGAUGGGCAUCAGCGCCCGCAGGGGUCUGCUCAUCCUGGGCAUCCCGGAGGACUGUGACGAAGACCAGCUGCACGAGUGUCUGGAGGCCUCCCUGUGGCAAAUGGGCCACUUUGAGGUGCUGGGCAAAGUGUUUCGAGAGGAGGACAAUGCCAGUGCGGCCCUGGUGGAGCUGGACCGGGAAGUCAACUAUGCUGUGGUUCCCAGGGAGAUCCCAGGCAUCGGGCGUCCCUGGAACGUGGUCUUUGUGCCCCGAUGCUCAGGCGAGGACUUUCUGGGUCGCGUGUUCCACUUCCUGGAGCAACAGGGGCAGACUGUGGAGAGCGUGGCCGGAGCCCUGGGGCUGGGGCUGCGCAAGGUGUGCUGGCUGAGGUCUGUCAGUCAGGCCAUCCAGCCCUGGGUGGAGACAGUGCGGUACCAGCCCCUGGGGUUGUUCUCAGGGAGGGACCAGCCCGCCCCGGGGGAGGAGUCCUUUGAGGCCUGGCUGGACCACACCACUGACAUGCUGCUUGUGUGGCAAGGGGUCUCAGAAAGGGAGAGGAGGAGGAGGCUGAUAGAAGCCCUCCGAGGGACGGCCCUGCAGCUGGUGCACGAGUUCCUGGCGGAGAACCCUGCCAGGACGGCCCAGGACUGCCUGGACGCCCUGAUCCAGGUGUUUGGAGACCAGGAGUCCCAGGCCACCCUGCGGCUCAAGUGUCUGACCGCUCAGCGACAGUCAGGCGAGACUCUCUCCGCUUUUGUGUUGCGGCUGGAAGUCCUGCUACAGAGAGCCAUGCAGGAGGAGGUCCUGGACAAGGCCUCAGCCGACCACUUGCGCGUGAGGCAGGUGCUCACCAAGGCCAACAUUAUUGAGCCGCUGCGAGUGGCCCUGAGGAAGCUGGGCACGGCAGGGAAGCGUCCAACUUUCCUGCAGAUGCUGGGUCUGGUUCAUGAGACUGAGGCAUGGGAGGCCAAAAUAGCCAGCAGCCUGAGAGCCCAGCCAGCACAAGGGGCUGCUGCCACGGCCAGUGCCCAGGCGGAUGCCAGAGCCAAAGCUCAGGCCGAGGGUGGCCCAGGAGGUCCUGGCGCUGUGCCAUGGGGCCUGACCCAGGUGGGAGACCAGGAGGCCGAGGAGCACUUCCACGAGGGGCUCAAGCCCAUCCCGGAGGAGUCGGAAAGUGAGGACGGGGCUGGGGAGCUGAGCCCCCCCAUGUCCUCCCCUGGCAAAUAG